AUGGGCAGCCUGCUUUGUAGGUUUCUUCGCCCUCCCCGCCGCCGGCCCCUGCCCGGCCGCGGUCGCCCGCUGCUCACCCCUGCCUGGGACACCGCCCAUCCUGGCCGCGACCACCCCGCCGUUCCUGCACCUGCCCCCUGCUCUGGGCGCAGGCCAUUCCUCCGGGAUCGCAGGCCCCCACCAGCUCGCUGCCACGUGGAGCCCAGGAGGCGGUACCCGCUCCCCCAGGCCGCGUGCCCCCCUCUGGGCCUCCUCCCCGUGGUGAACUGGAGGAACCCUCCGGGUCAACCUGUGCUGGCUGCGCGCAGUUCCCUGGGGUGCGGGCCCUCGAGGACUGUGAGGAUCCCUGCUCUGGGGCGCAGGUUCCGGCUCCUGCAUUCCCUACCUGCACAGGAAGCCAAGGCUGCGAGUCAGGUACCAUCCCCUCCCCUCCCCCUUUGCAGCCCACAGGGGGUGGAGGAGAAGGUCCCAGAGCACCCCGGAGAACAGACCGAGGCUCUUGGUGGGAGUGGCCGCCCCCAGAGCAGUGGGGGGACACCCCUGACAUCUGAGCCCCCGGACACCAGUGGCGUUCUCCGCCUCCACCAAGCCAGCCCUGCAACUCUGGACCGCCGUCUCGUGCCCUCCGGAGGGAGCUCGUGGGACAGCACCCAGAUGGCUCCCGUGUCCUCCUCUGAAGGCCGCGUUGCCACCUCUUCAUGUGGCCCCGUGGGAGAUGCCCUCGCGAAGGCCGACAGGGAUGCGGCAGUGCUCUGGGGCCCAACCGCAUGCCGCCCCUUGCCGCAGGAGACGUGCACACAGGCGGCGGUGGCUGAAGACCAUCAGCCUGGGCAGAGCACGCGGGCCGGAGCGAGGAAGGACACGCAGGCUGAGAAGCCCUCGGGCGUGUCGCCACGGAGCCCUCUCCCACCAGCACCUGCCAGCAGGAGGCAGAACAAGAGGAAAAUGGCCAUGCCCCUCUGUCUGCCAUUGCCGCCACCACUACCGCUGCUGUGGGAUCGAGGGGACUUGCCCGCACCCCCGAAGCUUCCUUGCGUGGCUCUUGACAAGGACCCAGGCACCUUGCCGAACACCGAGUGUCCCAGGAACACGACCUUGAAGGACAGAACAAAGACCUUGGCAGACUGCAGGGCCGCUCAGCCUGCCCCCUCCUCCCCCCCACUGGCCUCGGAGACUGCAGGCUCCCCGCCCCUGGCCGCUCACGCUGCCCACGGCCCUGUUCCUCCCACCGACUUGGCUGGCCCUUCUGCCAGGCCCCCGAUCCUCUCUGUCCCGCCGUCGUCCCCAACACGACAUGCUGGUCGGGAAACAGGACAUGGAGUUCCUGAAUCUCCUCCCCUGGCUGUUCCCGCCGAUUCUCUUCCUCCCCUUCCUUCCAGUCCCAUUAGGGAAACUCCACUUGGCGGAGGUCCUCCUCCCCCAGGCAGGGCUACGACACCCACCUCUGACCGCCCCACACCUUCCAACACCUCAACCUCCUUACACCCACCCUCCUGCACAAAAGAAUCCCCAACCCCCAUGUGUGUAGACUCUCCCCCUCUCUUCCUGACAGCCCCUCUCCCAGGCCACUCCACACAUAGCUCUGUCGUUGCAGUCCAGCCCGGCACCUCUAAACCGACUUCUUCUCCCACCGCAGCAAAGUCAUCUGCUUUGACCUCCAAGCCUAUUUCCAAUCCUGGUGUCGUGGACAUGGACACUACGUCCCCUUCCCGGGCUGUCAUCUUCAGCUCGCCCCCACACUCCGGGAUGAGCUGUCCUCCGUUUUCCCGGGGCCAUUGCAGUAUGAAGCAGAGAUGCCCUGCGAAAGUUGCAGCAUCCACCAGUCUACCUACGUCGAUGGCCCCCGGCCCCACCCCACUUGCUGAUCAACUCUUCAGCCUCCACAUCACCCCUCAGCCCACACAUGGGACUCUUGCUGGGAGACAUCAAACAGCUGUUCUUCCCAGUGCUCCUAUCGCCACUGGCUUGCCCAACCUGAGUUCUGGGGCCACCACCACUCCAGUAGGCAGCACCUCUGCAAACCCCAAACCUCACUCUGACGCCGAGGCCAUGGAUACCACAUCUCCCUCCCGGGCUGUCAUCUUCCAGACCCCCCCUGGGUCCCAGAAGAACCGCUUGCCACUGUGCAGGGCGCUUCCUGGUUCUGGCAACACACCACCCGGUAGCAGUACUGCCUUGGCCCAUGGCUCUACCACUUUACCUCAAAAGUCAGCCAUCAUACAGGCCUCCGUUUGGAUGCAUCCUAACCCAGGAAUCGCCCCUCACUCUGACGCCGAGGCCAUGGAUACCACAUCUCCCUCCCGGGCUGUCAUCUUCCAGACCCCCCCUGGGUCCCAGAAGAACCGCUUGCCACUGUACAGGGCGCUUCCUGGUUCUGGCAACACACCACCCGGUAGCAGUACUGCCUUGGCCCAUGGCUCUACCAUUUUCCCUCAAAAGUCAGCCAUCAUACAGGCCUCGGUUUCGAUGCAUCCUAACCCAGGAAUCGCCCCUCACUCUGACCCCGAUGCCAUGGAUACCACAUCUCCCUCCCGGGCUGUCAUCUUCCAGACCCCCCCUGGGUCCCAGAAGAACCGCUUGCCACUGUACAGGGCGCUUCCUGGUUCUGGCAACACACCACCCGGUAGCAGUACUGCCUUGGCCCAUGGCUCUACCAUUUUCCCUCAAAAGUCAGCCAUCAUACAGGCCUCCGUUUGGAUGCAUCCUAACCCAGGAAUCGCCCCUCAAUCUGACCCCGAUGCCAUGGAUACCACAUCACCCUCCCGGGCUGUCAUCUUCCAGACCCCCCCUGGGUCCCAGAAGAACCACUUGCCCCUUUACAGGGCGCUUCCUGGUUCUGGCAACACACCACCCGUAGCAGCACUGCCUUGGCCCAUGGCUCUACCAUUUUCCCUCAAAAGUCAGCCAUCAUACAGGCCUCCGUUUCGAUGCAUCCUAACCCAGGAAUCGCCCCUCACUCUGACCCCGACGCCAUGGAUACCACAUCUCCCUCCCGGGCUGUCAUCUUCCAGACCCCCCCUGGGUCCCAGAAGAACCGCUUGCCACUGUACAGGGCACUCCCUGGUUCUGGCAACACACCACCUGGUAGCAGCACUGCCUUGGCCCAUGGCUCUACCAGUUUCCCUCAAAAGUCAGCCAUCAAACACCCCCGUUUCGCUGCAUCCUAACCCAGGAAUCACCUCUCAGCCCACAAUUGGAGGUCACAAUGGGCAACAGCCUAACAAUUGCUACCUGAUAGGAAAAACAGUUGCCCCAACACAGGCUAUCGGCCUGGCCACUCCUAUAACUCAGCCACCCGGAGGGACCACAAUGCAAUCGGGGUUUGCGGGCCUCCUUUUGGCACCACUGUCAACAAGCAGACGGCCCUUGGUAACCAGCCAGGUGUUCUCCACACUCCUCAUUCUACCACGACUGGCUUUCAGGCCCUCAGACCUUCGUGGGGCUAGCAGUCCCAGUGGCUUAUCAGUCACGGCCACCACUACAGGCCCACAGACCUUUGUGGGACCUGCAAUCCCCAUGGAUGGGCUUAAUGUGCCCAUGCCAGAUUCCAUUCGCUCACAGGCGUCAGGAGCAUUCUACGUUGGAGCUGGACUGAAGGGGACAUCCAGCACCCCUCCGCUCGUCCUCUUGGUCAGAUAG